GUGGCUCAGCACCUGGCUUCAACCUACGGGGACAAGGCUUUUGAGGUGGCCAAAAUAGCCCAGGUGACAGGGAAGAGGUGGCCCAUUGUUGGGAAACGCCUGGUGUCAGAAUUUCCCUACAUUGAAGCUGAGGAAGAGCUUGAAACAGCAAAAACAUUUCUGUAUUACGAAAUGGGCUACAAAGUGAAAACAGAUCAAUURACAGACAGCUCUGAGAUCAGCCUGGUGCCUUCAGACAUCGAGAGGUACAAGAAACGGUUCCACAUGUUCGACAAGGACAAGAAAGGCUUCAUCACCAUCCUGGAUGUGCAGCGAGUGCUGCAGAGCAUCAGCGUGCAGAUCGCCGAGAACACCCUGCACGAGAUCCUCAACGAGGUGGAUCUCAACAAAAACGGGCAGGUGGAGCUCAACGAGUUCCUGCAGGUACGGUGUGCUCUGGCUGCAGGAGGGGCUGAUUCCUCAGAGAGCAAAAACACGGGCAGGGAAAUCCUGCUGCAUCCUUGGAGAGCAAAAACACACGGGCAGGGAAUUGCUGCUGCUUCCACAGAGAGCAAAGACACAG